GGAACAUGGGUAGAUUGUACAUACACUACUUUGUAAAUUGGUGUUCAUGAUGUUAUGGGUUGUAAUGGUAAAAGUUGUAAAUGUUUCUGUGUGUAGAACAAGCCCUUCUCGAAGUUUGAAGGAAGAAUAUGCAAAGGGUAUCAUCUCCUUAUUCCCAUGCUUGGCUGACCCUAGGAGCAGGCUUGGUUAUGAGCAUUAUUACAAUGCAGAAGAUGGAAGUGGAUAUUUGGCAUGGAGAAUUAAAACUCUCCAAAAAGAAGCAUCAGAGGGACGGAUGAAACGCCCACGGCAACCGCAAACAGGUGGCCCAACUGCUGACAGGCAUCCCUACAAAGAGGACAGCUUUUUGAAUGAUGAGCGUCAGUGUCAGGAAGCAAUUGCCCUGAUGAAGCAUAUAGCUGACGAGGCAGUGAUAAAGGAAAAGAUGAGGUUAACACUGACCUAUCGCCAAAAGUUGCUGCACAACCCUAAAGAGUCAACUAAUAUUCUGUCAAUUUUCCCACGAUUUCGGGAUAUCCCAGGCUUGAUUGAUCAAGAUUUUGGACUUCUAUUUGGUGAUGCGACCUCUGCAAAGUUGUUGGAGAAGUGGUCUACCAACAUAAAACCAAAGGUUAUUGCACAGAGUCGUGGCCUCACACAGACUUGUGAGGUCCAAGACCUCAUCCAAAAUGCUGAAGCCACUGAAGUUGAAGAUGGUUGGGACAGUGACAUGUCUUCAAUUCUGAUGCUGGUUCACCUUUUGCCACCCUCAAGUCAAGGCCGCAAAAGACCAGGAAAGAUCUCAGCUAGACAAGCAUGCGAUCGUCUUGUGAAAUUCAUUAAGGCCGGAACCAGUAUUCAAGGGCACUUGGAUAGCAUUGGAGAGAGCCUUCAGCCAUAUCUACUUGCUGUUGGGCCAAUGAAAAGUAGGAUCCAGUCUUGGUUUAUUGUAAUUGACCAACAUGCUCUACCUUGUAAGGCCUGUAAUUCACUGGCCUGUGUUGAUGAGCUUUUCAAAGCUCACUUCGUAUUUGGGACUUCAUACUGUCAGGAACUUAACAAUGUGUAUACCUUUCUGCAAACCACUGUGUAUGAUAUAGAUGUUGAAACCACCAAGGUGAAUCCCCGAGUGGCUGAGUUGAGAGCUAGAAUGCUCCAGUGAGCAGAUGAUUUGUUUUAU